AUGCCUCAUGUUGUAUCUGAAAUGCAGACAAUGGAAAAGCCCCAACAGAGCUACAAUCUCAAACGAACAAUGAUGAAGACAUCAGUUUCUCAAGACAACCUUCGUCCAUUUAUUUCCCCUCGUCGUCAAAAUACAAAUGGCACUCCAACAUUGAGUUUACUAGUCACCCCACAACAUGCAUGGAACUAUACAUCAGGCCGACGACAACUAAACCAUAUUUCGCCCGACAGAGUAACACCUUUGUCUGCGGUCGAUUCGGUUUUCGAAUUAUCUUCGGCGAUGAAGAAUGGGUCGUCCUCAAAUUCGGCUAUAUCAUCAUUCAUUGCUGAAUUGGAAGAUACCUCUCCUGGGGCUGUUAAACCCCCGAAUUGUAAUGUGGAUCCCAAUUCUCCAAUCAGUCCUACACUUUCUGUAAGUUCCAAUUCUCCACUCAGUCCUAAACUUUCUUUACAUGCAACCACUGCUAUCGAAGCUAUCAAUGACUUUGAGGCCGAGAAUAAGCGACUUCUUGAGCGUGUCCUUGCUGCAGAAAAUACUGCUAAGAUAUUGGAAAAGCAAAAUUUUGACCUCCGACGAAAAGUUAAUUACUGCAUGGAACAGCAUAGGCCAAAGACUGCACCAUCGCAGAGGACCUCUCAAAAUCCCAAUAAACGCGUUACCGGAUACAUCACCACAACACCUCUCUCCGCUUUCAACACAAUGAUGGAUCAAGUAGAGGCUGAGUACUUGGCACCUAUUAUAAACGACCCACCCACCCCAUUACCUCGCCGUAAAUCCUCGCUCCCAUCGCAAUUCCCAGUCCCUCUACAACAAAGCGAAAUCACACCGAAUGAAUUUGGACCCAAUGGUUUCAUUCCUUCGCGGCGACCUCCUCCAAUUCCAGAGAGUACGAACGUUCUGUCAUCAAAAUUCCAAACUCGCCAUCCUGAUGCAGUGAGAAGGAAUAUUAUAAAUAACUCAGGAACAACACGAUCUAACAGUCGAAUGACCAGAAUCUCUCUCGCAGAUUCGAAGCUUAGAGCAAAACCGUUACCGCCAUUAGGUCCAAUGGCGCCAUCAGCCAUCCCCGGUGUGGUUGAAAUCGGCAGUACACGUGAAGAUCCUAUUCCUAGAUCACAACUGAGAUCUAAGAAAAGCUUUGCGAAAUUCUUCUGGAAAGGAAAGAAGGAAUAA